GUGGGACAGAACUUUAUCCCCUCGUCAGUUCCCAACACGUUCGCCCCAUCGCCGACUCCUGCAGCACUCAGCAGCGGCCUCAACGACCUGUUUGAGCUCUCCACAGGCAUGGCCAUCACCACAGGAGGCUAUGUUACCCCCAAAUCUGUGAGUACCCACUACCCACAGCUAAACGCUUAUGUUGAUGUUCAAUACUAAUGUUAGCAAGAACUAAAUGCUAAUAUUAAUGCUAUAUUUUAAUAAUGUUCAUGCUAUAUGCUAAUGUUAGCACUAUGUUGGGAUAAAGUAGAUUUUCAUCGCUAACUGAGUUAUUACACCAGCAAGGGCAGAGAAUAAAGCUCAGAUAAAGCAAAUUGAAAUGCUAAUGCUAACAAAUUAGCACCUAGCAAACAGAGAAAUACAUACAGAACCUUGAGCCCUGCAGCAAAGUCACUCUUCAUGUAGGACAGUGUAUAAAUAUAGUUAUGACGUUGUUUGGUAGGGGUGAGUUAAGUCCAAGUUAGCAUCAACUGGCUCCACCCUAGAUUCCUGUUCAAAAUGGGUCAUUUAUAUAUAUCAUACAGUUAAGUCAUGCAGAAGAGGCUCACAAUGUCCUCGCUGUGGUAUGUGCACUGUUAAUUGGUAUGUAUUGCAGCAGGACAUAGCAUCCUUCCCAAGGUAUCCAUCUUAAUUCAUGCCCUCCAUUCUCCAUCUCCCUUUGUGUCCGACUCAAUUCAAUGAAGGGGCAACACAGCACAGACACGUGCAGUAGUGAGUCAUGUUGCCAUUUUCAAAUGACCUUGUGUGCUCUCUCUGCUCCCAGGUAUGGGUGAAUCGGUUUGCAUGUUCAUAUUUCUUUAUGUAAGGUCUAUCUCUUCCCCCAGGUAUGGCUGCCUGCAGUGAAAGCGAAAGGACUGGAGAUCUCAGGCACAUUCUCCCGCCGACAGGGCCAAAUGUACAUGGACAUGACCUUCACCAACAAGGCCUUGCAGCACAUGACCGACUUCGCUAUCCAGUUCAACAAGAACAGGUGAGAGAGGGGGCGACUGGAAUCAAAUCCUAGAUGCCAUCUCCUGCCAUUGUGCCCUUAAAACCCCUUAAACUACACUGUGGCAGAGUCUGACCUCCAACUUCUCUGUGGGUGUGUGUACGUGUGUCUCUUGGACUUGGGAUAAAGAAGCAAGACAAUAUCUCAGCUGUACUAGCAGUUAAGGUCUUCUGUGGCCUCACUGUAAAAAAAAAUUGUUCGCACCAACCUUGUAUUUAGUUGCUCCAAGCUUGUCGUGACUUUCCAUUCACUAUAACCAUGGCCAUUCACUAUAACCAUGGCCAUUCACUGUUAUCAUGGCCAUUCACUAAACACAUUGUUAAUAGAUAAUAGGCUAGUUCUCAGUAACGAUCCACUUAGUUAAGGGAUAUGGCCGUAUAUAGUCAUGUACUUCGCAAAAAUAGUUCAAUGGGUGUAAAUGUUAGUCACAGUCCCUGGGCAUACAUGGUAUGUUAUGUGCACUCAGCUCCUUAAGUUGAUACAGUAUGGGAGUAUACUGUAUGAUAACUACGGUAAACACGACCACUACUCUAAAAUGCAGUGAAUUGUCAAGAGCAGAAUUUAUAUUUAGCUCCAUUCACCUGAAGCUCUUAUUAACCCUUUACACUUGUAGAAAUUGGCUUAUAUGGAUAGGGCCAAAUUUAAAUUUCUAUAACAGAAGAACUUUAAAACCAUGACCAUGGUAGCAAUUGAAAGAGAACACUUUGGCGAUUAUGGGGAAAUUGUUAGACCAAAGGUGAGGACACAACAGUUCACCUGACAAGACUGAAUCCAAACGUUACACUGUUGAUUUUAUGUGCAUUUUGCAUUUACUGUACUUUUUUCAGCAUUUGCCAAUAACAAACCUGAAAAUACUCUGGAUACAUUCAGUAACAUAAGAAUAUUAAUUGAAAUUUUGGAGUAGGUGCAAGAUAGGAAAAAACUAUUACAAGGGUUUGAGUGAGAGGUCUAACUGGUGUCUCAAGUGGCCAAACACCUCUCCAAACUGGGCACAGUUCUUAAGUAAUUUCAAUGCACUUUUAUGACUCAAGGAAAGAGCCUUCAACAAUACGUUUUUUAUUUGUAUUUAUUUUAGCUCUCCUAGCUUUGCCAUUGAGAAACUGAAGCAAGCACAUUUGUAGUUUUUUGUUUGGAACACAGCCCUGCGUCCCCACCAUCACACAAUUACUGUUGUUAAAAAAAUAUUCCAUUAUAAAUCACGUUCUGGGUCAGGUGGGCAUCAUUUGAACGUUUGUUCUAUUGCCAAUAUGGCUAGCUAAGUUAGGCUUUCAAAAGGCACUUCAGACAAACGGAUUGUAAUUUUGAUGCGCCUAGAAUGGAGUCAUGAGUGCAUUCAAGUGCGUGUUCCACAGCAAAUGUUCUUCACAAUAUGAAAUACAUAGGCUCAUUCUGUUCAGGACAACCCAGCAUGCCAUCCUUGUAACCGUGGAUCAAACGUAGUGAUCAUAAACGUUGAUACUGUAAAUUACAUGAGUUUUUAAAUAUGGAAGGAAAUGUGAAGUGCACAUUUGGACUCAGGGGUAUGUGGUUUGCUUGUAUGACAUCAAAGCAGUAUUUAUUAUCAUCCUCAACAUCUGAUUUUCAUAACACAUAAACUCCUCUCGAUUUACAGCAUUUCUCUCACUCAGAAAACAAGAAAUGUGCAAAUGUAACCCAAUUAGCGGGAGGGAUGGGGGCAUCUUCUUGUCGCGCAGUGCUCAAGUUUAUAACGGCUGUCAGUCAAAACCGAAACAGCGCUGUGAAGUGGACUGUACAGCCACUACGUUCCAAUUUAGGCUCUUAUCAAUGACAAAAUCUGGCAUUUUCAACCUGUAUACGGGAUGACAGGCUGUGAGUGGAAAGGGCUACGACUCAUGUAAUUUUUAAAUGGUGUUUUCCAGGCCUGAAAAAGUUUAGGAAAAUCCUAAAAGUUUAGGAAAAGUAAUGGACAUUCAUUCAAUAAUUUCUGUUAAUGUCAUUUAUUUAGGCACAGUUAAAUAUUUUAUCAAUUAAAUAAAAAUCUACGUAUCAGCCAGGAUCAGAAUGUCACUAGCACAUCUGUGUUUGUGCAUAUUUUUAUUUAUUUUUUUCACCUUUAUUUAACCAGGUAAGCCAGUUGAGAACAAGUUCUCAUUUACAACUGCGACCUGGCCAAGAUAAAGCAAAGCAGUGCGAUAAAAACAACAACACAGAGUUACAUAUGGGGUAAUUUUUUUUACAUAAAGUCAAAAAAAAUACAACAGAAUAUAUAUAUACAGUGUGUGCAAAUGUAGCAAGUUAUAUCACCUGCAUAGUGCAAGACGAGUGGGCCGUUGCUCAAGAAGAGAGAGACAGUCGGACAUUGCAUCAGCAGGUAGGCCUAUAAAAUAUGAUAGAGAACAGAUUAACUCGGUAACCAAUUCAAAACAUACAGUGUCUUCGGAAAGUAUUCAGACCCACAUUUUGUUAGGUUACAGCCUUAUUCUAAAAUUGAUUAAAUUGUUUUUUUCCCUCAAUCUACACACAAUACCCCAUAAUGACAGAGCAAAAACAGGUUUUUAGAAUUAUUUUCAAAAAAUAUACUGAAAUAUCACAUUUACGUAAUAUUCAGACCCUUUACUCAGUACUUUGUUGAAGCACCUUUGGCAGGGAUUACAGCAUCGCGUCUUCUUGGGUAUGAGGCUACAAGCUUGGCACACCUGCAUUUGGGGAGUUUCUCCCAUUCUUCUCUACAGAUCCUCUCAAGUUGUCAGGUUGGAUGGGGAGUGUCGCUGCACAGCUAUUUUCAGGUCUCUCCAGAGAUGUUCGAUCGGGUUCAAGUCCGGCCUCUGGCUGGGACACUCAAGGACAUUCAGAGACUUGUCCCGAAGCCACUCCUGCAUUGUCUUGGCUGUGUGUUUAGGGUCGUUGUCCUGUUGGAAGGUGAACCUUCGCCCCAGUCUGAGGUCCUGAGCACUCUGGAGCAGGUUUCCAUCAAGGAUCUCUCUGUACUUUGCUUUGUUCAUCUUUCCCUCGAUCCUGACUGGUCUCCCAGUCCCUGCCGCUGAAAAGCAUCCCCACAGCAUGAUGCUGCCACCACCAUGCUUCACCGUAGGGAUGGUGCCAGGUUUCCUCCAGACGUGACGCUUGGCAUUCAGGCCAAAGAGUUCAAUCUCGGUUUCAUCAGACCAGAGAAUCUUGUUUCUCAUGGUCUGAGAGUCUUUAAGUGCCUUUUGGCAAACUCCAAGCGGGCUGUCGUGCCUUUUACUGAGGAGUGGCUUCCGUCUGGCCACUCUACCAUAAAGGCCUGAUUGGUGGAGUGCUGCAGAGAUGGUUGUCCUUCUGGAAGGUUCUCCCAUCUCCACAGAGGAAUUCUAGAGCUCUGUCAGAGUGACCAUCGGGUUCUUGGUCACUUCCGUGACCUAGGCCCUUCUCCCCCAAUUGCUCUGUUUGGCCGGGUGGACAGCUCUAGGAAGAGUCUUGGUUGUUCCAAACUUCUUCCAUUUUUAAGAAUGAUGGAGGCCACUGUGUUCUUGGGGACCUUCAAUGCUGCAGACAUUUUUUGGUACCCUUCCCCAGAUCUGUGCCUCGACACAAUCUUGUCUCUGAGCUCUACUGACAAUUCCUUCGACCUCAUGGCUUGGUUUUUGCUCUGACAUGCACUGUCAACUGUGGGACCUUCUAUAGACAGCUGUGUGCCUUUCCAAAUCAUGUCCAAUCAAUUGAAUUUACCACAGGUGGACUCCAAUCAAGUUGUAAAAACAUCUCAAGGAUGAUCAAUGGUAACAGGAUGCACCUGAGCUCAAUUUUGAGUCUCAUAGCAAAGGGUCUGAAUACUUAUGUGAAUAGGGUAUUUCUGUUUUUUAUUUCUUUAUACAUUUGUACAAUUUUACUUUGCCCUUAUGGGUAUUGUGUGUAGUUUGCUGAAUAUGUUUUUUUCUUUAAUCCAUUUUAGAAUAAGGCUGUAACAAAAUGUGGAAAAAGUGAAAGGGUCUGAGUACUUUCCAAAGGCACUGUAUAUUGUAUCCUCUAGUUAACUGUUUAGUUAUUAUUGACAUGCAUUAAUGUAUUCGUCAUAUCCCAAAGAACUUUCAACCGACACUCGCGGUUAAGGUCAUACAAAGUUUAUUUACUUUUUUGAUCGAUUCAUGUGAUUAAUUUAAAUGAUUAUUUUUGGCAAAAUGAACGAUUCACUUUGCCAUUGUAUUAGUUGUGAUUCGGUUCAAUCGCAGUGAAUCAGAUCAUGUGAAUCAAAAUAAUAAUUUGUGAAUCGUGAACAUUAUUUCUAGGAAUAAAGAUUAGAUGCAGCCUUUCUUUUGGAUUAUGUGGCUUCAAAACUUGUUUUGUAGAUACUUCCAGUUGAUAUGAGCAUCCAAUGUAUGGUACAUUGCAACUCAAUAGAUGCUAGUCAGCCUGCAAAGUAAACACUUCUAAUGUAGCUAUGAUAAAUAUGACUAAACUAGAAGGGUACAUUUCCUGAAAAUGUGUGGGCUUGUUUCAGCUGAAUAAAAAGAUUUGUAGCCUACCAUAGCCAUUUCAUCUUUGAUAUAUUGAAUGAGCAAAUUAUUUCAAAAGGCAUAGAACGUAUUUGGUUGUAAUGUUGCAAUGUUUUACAUCAAGGGUGGUCAAUCCUCCAGGAGAGCUAAUGGUUGUGCAGGUUUUUAUUCCAGUCCCUCUCUGACAAACCACAGUUUAGAAAUGAACCGGACCUUGAUAAACUGGCUCUGAUGUGUUUGAGCAGGGCUUGAUCAAAAGCCUGCACACCCAGUAGCUCUCCAGACUGAGGGCUGACCACGUGUUUUAUACAGUUGCCUAACAGGUGUUCUACUUUGUGGGGGGGUUAAGUGCCUUGCUCAAUGACAGGAGAUGGUCAAUUACAUUUUACAUUUAAUCAUUUAGCAGACGCUCUUAUCCAGAGUGACUUAGAGUUAUUGAGUGCAUUUUUUUUUUUUUUUUUUUUUUCAUACUGCCCCCCCGUGGUAAUCGAAUCCACAACCCUGGCGUUGCAAACGCCAUGCUCUAUCACCUGAGCUACAUCCCUGCCGGCCAUUCCCUCCCCUACCCUGGACGACGCUGGGCCAAUUGUGCGCCGCCCCAUGGGUCUCCCGGUCGCGGCCGGCUACGACAGAGCCAUAUUUUUUAUAGAAUUUGUCCUUAAUUGACUUAAAAAGAUUCACUAUGCAGAAAUCACUCCGGCGUUUCCUGGUUGAUAAGAUUAUAAUAGUUCGCCUAAUUUCAGUUUGUGACAAAACAAGCAAGUGUAGUGUAGAGAAUCAUUGUACCAUCUAAACCGCUGUAUAAUAUAUUUUCUAUAAUCAAAAAUAUUUUAUUUUCAGCUGUUUGAAGCUGGUGUACAAAACCGAAAGAAAAAGACUCCACAACAAAACUUAAGAAUGGGAAGCAUAGAAAUAGCGCACACAGAAUAGAUCUACCACUUCUUAGACUUGCUUUCAAUUAGAAUAAUAGAUCUAUAUCACACAUUUCUAUGUGAAUUUGGUCAUGUAGCCCAAAAAGUAACAUAUUGCAGCUUUAAAUAAAGGUUAAAAAAAUGUUUUAAAUUAUGGUGUUGUCUUUCUGUCUAGUUUCGGAGUGAUCCCCACCACACCUCUGCCCAUCCACACUCCACUGAUGCCCAGCCAGAGUAUUGACGUUUCCCUGCCUCUCAACACCAUUGGGCCAGUCAUGAAGAUGGACCCACUGAACAACCUACAGGUAAACUCCUAUACAGUGCAUUCGGGAAGUAUUCAGACCGCUUCCCUUUUUCCACAUUUUGUUACGUUACAGCCUUAUACUAAAAUGGAUUCAAUAAAAAAAGCCCCAAUCUACACACAAUACCCCAUAACAACAAAGUGAAACAGGUUUUUGAUCAUCCUUGAGAUGUUUUUACAACUUGAUUGGAGUCCACCUGUGGUAAAUUCAAUUGAUUGCACAUGAUUUGGAAAGGCACACAUCUGUCUAUAUAAGGUCCCACAGUUGACAGUGCAUGUCAGAGCCAAAACCAAGCCAUGAGGUCGAAGGAAUUGUCCUUAGAGCUCCGAGACAGUAUUGUGUCGAGGCACAGAUCUGGGGAAGGGUACCAAAAAAAUUCUGCAGCAUUGAAGGUCCCCAAGAACACAGUGGCCUCCUCCAUUCUUAAAUGGAAGAAGUUUGGAACCAUCAAGACUCUUCCUAGAGCUGGACGCCCGCCAAACUGAGCAAUUGGGGGAGAAAGGUCACGGAGUUGACCAAGAACACGAUGGUCACUCUGACAGAGAUCCAGAGUUCCUCUGUGGAGAUGGGAGAACCUUCCAGAAGGACAACCAUCUCUGCAGCACUCUACCAAUCAGGCCUUUAUGGUAGAGUGGCCAAAGGCACAUGACAGCCCGGAGUUGGAGUUUGCCAAAAGGCACCUUAAGGACUCUCAGACCAUGAGAAACAAGAUUCUCUGGUCUGAUGAAACCAAGAUUUAACUCUUUGGCCUGAAUGCCAAGCGUCACGUCUGCAGGAAACCUGGCACCAACCCUUCAGUGAAGCAUGGUGGUGGCAGCAUCAUGCUGUGGGCAUGUUUUUCAGAUGCAGGGACUGGGAGACUAGUCAGGAUCGAGGGAAAGAUGAACGGAGCAAAGUACAGAGAGAUCCUUGAUGAAAACCUGCUCCAGAGCGCUCAGGACCUCAGACUGGGGCGAAGGUUCACCUUCCAACAAGACAACGACCCUAAGCACACAGCCAAGACAACGCAGGAGUGGCUUCGGGACAAGUCUCUCUGAAUGUCCUUGAGUGGCCCAGCCAGAGCCCGGACUUGAACCUGAUCGAACAUCUCUGGAGAGACCUGAAAAUAGCCGUGCAGCGACGCUCCCCAUCCAACCUGACAGAGCUUGAGAGGAUCUGCAGAGAAGAAUGGGAGAAACUCCACAAAUACAGAUGUGCCAAGCUUGUAACGUCAUACCCAAGAAGACGCAAGGCUGUAAUCGCUGCCAAAGGUGCUUCAACAAAGUACUGAGUAAAGGGUCUGAAUACUUAUGUAAAUAUGAUAUUACAGUAAUUUUUUUUGCAAACAUUUCUAAAAACAUGUUUUUGCUUUUUCAUUAUGAGGUAUUGUGUGUAGAUUGAGGAUUAAAAAAAAUUAAAAAUCAAUUUUAGAAUAAGGCUCUAAUGUAACAAAAUGUGGAAAAAGUCAAGGGGUCUGAAUACUUUCUCAAUGCAAUGCAUACAUAGGGCUGUGACGGCCAUAACAUUUUGUCAGCUGGUAACUGUCAUGCAAAUAACAGUCGGUCUCACGGUAAUUUACCGUUAAUUAACACACAUUUAGCAUCUCCGGUCUUCCACGCAUAGCCUACAAGCCACUGAUGCAGACCUUUGGAAUAUCUACAUUAUUUAAAGUCUAAUAAAUCCAUUUAAUAUAGCCUACACCAUCACAAUAAAUCAAUUAUUUAUUUUAGGCAGGUCUAAAGAAGCGUUAUGAUAUGAAGAAAAUGUAGCCUAUUUCAGAAGAACAGAAUAGCAUAUUCUGAGUCGUCCUUAUGUUAGGCCCUGAUCUGGCUAUGCUAUAUGGCUGUUGGCUACACUAGUUAAUUUAGCAGACAAGAUUUGAUUAUAAUUCCUGUGGCAUUAUUUUAUAGUAUGAAGAAUACAAUUGAACAUAGCUGAAUAAAAUAGAAAGGACAUUUCCCCCAAACGAUUUCCAAAGGAGUGCGCACAUGCGGCUACUCUGUGUUGAGUGGUUAACAAAGUGAUAAUUUGAAACUGGUCCUAUAUGCUUAGUUUAGACUUUAGUUGUGAUACAAACCUUAAGCUAUAUGUUUUGAUUUCAAAUACAUUCUAAGGCUGCAUGAUGCGAAGUCUCAUGAAAGGCUCUGCUCUGUUUGUUGCGCAGGCUGCACACACUUUAUCAGUCUCUCAUUCACAAUUUGACAAGCACUUGAUAACAUUCUUACCCAUCAGACUAUUCUUAAUGUAAUCUGUUCUUUACAUAUAGCCUACUAAUAUACUGUACCUUCUGGUUACGUAAAGCAUUCUAGGCAUGAGCAACCUACCUGGUCAAAAGAUAUCAUAAUUAGUCAGUCUCACCUGAAUGCUUGGCUUCUCAUGAUAAAAGAGAGAAAUAAGAAAGCUUAGGCAAAAGAUGAUCCAAAAUACUUUUUAUUGUUGGAAGUUUUUGCUGCAAGGCCUUUUUCAAAAACGUUUCAUUACAGAAGAUACCACAUGGUGUUGAGUAUAAGGCAUAUAGCUAUGACAGACAAAUUGAGGAAAAAAAAUCCAGAAAAUCACAUUGUAGGAUUUUUAAUGAAUUUAUUUGCAAAUUAUGAUGGAAAAUAAGUAUUUGGUCACCUACAAACAAGCAAGAUUUCUGGCUCUCACAAACCUGUAACUUCUUCUUUAAGAGGCUCCUCUGUCCUCCACUCGUUAUCUGUAUUAAUGGCACCUGUUUGAACUUGUUAUCAGUAUAAAAGACACCUGUGCACAACCUCAAACAGUCACACUCCAAACUCCACUAUGGCCAAGACCAAAGAGCUGUCAAAGGACACCAGAAACAAAAUUGUAGACCUGCACCAGGCUGGGAAGACUGAAUCUGCAAUAGGUAAGCAGCUUGGUUUGAAGAAAUCAACUGUGGGAGCAAUUAUUAGGAAAUGGAAGACAUACAAGACCACUGAUAAUCUCCCUCGAUCUGGGGCUCCACGCAAGAUCUCACCCCGUGGGGUCAAAAUGAUCACAAGAACGGUGAGCAAAAAUCCCAGAACCACACGGGGGGACCUAGUGAAUGACCUGCAGAGAGCUGGGACUAAAGUAACAAAGCCUACCAUCAGUAACACACUACGUCGCCAGGGACACAAAUCCUGCAGUGCCAGACGUGUCCCCCUGCUUAAGCCAGUACAUGUCCAGGCCCGUCUGAAGUUUGCUAGAGUGCAUUUGGAUGAUCCAGAAGAGGAUUGGGAGAAUGUCAUAUGGUCAGAUGAAACCAAAAUAGAACUUUUUGGUAAAAACUCAACUCGUCGUGUUUGGAGGACAAAGAAUGCUGAGUUGCAUCCAAAGAACACCAUACCUACUGUGAAGCAUGGGGGUGGAAACAUCAUGCUUUGGGGCUAUUUUUUCUGCAAAGGUACCAGGACGACUGAUCCGUGUAAAGGAAAGAAUGAAUGGGGCCAUGUAUCGUGAGAUUUUGAGUGAAAACCUCCUUCCAUCAGCAAGGGCAUUGAAGAUGAAACGUGGCUGGGUCUUUCAGCAUGACAAUGAUCCCAAACACACCACCCGGGCAACGAAGGAGUGGCUUCGUAAGAAGCAUUUCAAGGUCCUGUAGUGGCCUAGCCAGUCUCCAGAUCUCAACCCCAUAGAAAAUCUUUGGAGGGAGUUGAAAGUCCGUGUUGCCCAGCGAUAGCCCCAAAACAUCACUGCUCUAGAGGAGAUCUGCAUGGAGGAAUGGGCCAAAAUACCAGCAACAGUGUGUGAAAACAUUGUGAAGACUUACAUAAAACGUUUGACCUGUGUCAUUGCCAACAAAGGGUAUAUAACAAAGUAUUGAGAAACUUUUGUUAUUGACCAAAUACUUAUUUUCCACCAUAAUUUGCAAAUAAAUUCAUUAAAAAUCCUACAAUGUGAUUUUCUGGAUUUUUUUUUCUCAUUUUGUCUGUCAUAGUUGACGUGUACCUAUGAUGAAAAUUACAGGCCUCUCUCAUCUUUUUAAUUGGGAGAACUUGCACAAUUGGUGGCUGACUAAAUACUUUUUUCCCCCACUGUAGCUAGGCAGUCCAUGAUCUUUGGGCUUCCUCUCGCUUUUUAAAUGUUCCUGUUGACACAGUAAUCAAAGCUAGUCAGGUUUAGUGAUGGGCAUGAGUAAUCGAGGACUUGAGUACUCGAGCAAACGUCAAAGUUCGAUCUUUAACCAGAGACCAAUUUAUUUUCAAAUACAGUAAAACUAUUUGGUGGAAUGUGCUAUGUGGCUGCCCGAAUGGGCAAGUGAAAUUUUGUCUUGAAGACGACGUUAAUUUCCUUUGACUCUAGUGUUACAUUUGUACAUGUGCAUUUGCGGGGCACAACAAAAAAGAAACCAAGCCAAGCAUCACACCGUUCUUCUCCCUAAAUUCCCUUUCCCCUCAGUGUUUCCUUCAUUCAAUUGCGUUCCAACUGCUCCGUCCACACACGAGUGCUGAGUGCACGCACAAGCUCCCGUUAGGCCUACAGAAAUAAAUGCCUAUAAAAACGUAUCUAACUGAUGGGAUACACAAGCUACAUUCCUUGCCAAAUUCUGACAGUUUUAUCACAAAUUCAAAAUGGACUGGUUGAUUGAAGUAGAAAAAUGUAUUACAACGAGCUGCAGUUUUGGAAUAAUUGCAUCCCGUCUAUUUUCCACUUAAGCUACACUAUAUGUACAAAGGUAUGUGGACAAAUUAGUGGAUUCGGCUAUUUCAGCCACACCCGUUGCUGACAGAUGUAUAAAAUCGUGCACACAGCCAUGCAAUCUCCAUAGACAAUUGGCAGUAGAAUGAGCUCAGUGACUUUCAACGUGGUACCGUCAUAGAAUGCCACAAUUCCAAAAAGUCAGUUUGUCAACUUUUUUCCCUGCUACAGCUGCCCCGGUCAACUGUAAGUACUGUUAUUGUGAAGUGGAAACGUCUAGGAGCAACAACUGCUCAGCGGCGAAGUGGUAGGCCACACAAGCUCACAGAACGGGACCGCCGAGUGCUGAAGCGUGUAGCACGUAAAAAUCGUCUGUCCUCGGUUGCAACACUCACUACCGAGUUCCAAACUGCCUUUGGAAGCAACGUCACCACAAUAACUGUUUGUCGGGAGCUUCGUGAAAUGGGUUUCCAUGGCCGAGCAGCCGCACACAAGCCUAAGCUCACCAUGCGCAAUGCCAAGUGUCGGCUGGAAUGGUGUAAAGUUCGCCACCAUUGGACUCUGGAGCAAUGGAAACGCAUUCUCUGGAGUGAUGAAUCACGCUUCACCAUCUGGCAGUCUGACGGACGAAUCUGGGUUUGGCGGAUGCCAGGAGAACGCUACUUGCCCGAAUGCAUAGUGCCAACUGUAAAGUUUGGUGGAGGAGGAAUAAUGGGCUGGGGCUGUUUUUCAUGGUUCGGGCUAGGCCCCUUAGUUCCAGUGAAGUGAAAUCUUAACGCUACAUCAUACAAUGACAUUCUAGACAAUUCUGUGCUUCCAACUUUAUGGCAACAGUUUGGGGAAGGCCCUUUCCUGUUUCAGCAUGACAAUGCACCCGUGCACAAAGCAAGGUCCAUAAAGAAAUGGUUUGUCGAGAUUGAUGUGGAAAAACUUGACUGGCCUGCACAGAGCCCUGACCUGAAACCCAUCAAACACCUUUGGGAUGAAUUGGAACGCCAACUGCAAGCCAGGUCUAAUCACCCAACAUCAGUGCCCGUCCUCACUAAUGCUCUUGUGGCUGAAUGGAAGCAAGUCCCUGCAGCAAUGUUUCAACAUCUAGUGGAAAGCCUUCCCAGAAGAGUGGAGGCUGUCAUAGCAGCAAUGGUUGGACCAACUCCAUAUUAAUGGCCAUGAUUGUUUAGUAUAGUUAACAGAGAGAUGAGCUGGAGGAUUCAGCCUUCAGCCCACACAUGGCCGCCAUGCCGAGGGCAGUAAAGCGUGCUAGAGUGAUUUGAGGCCAAAGUGUUGGAUUUAAUGAGCUCCACCCUUCAGUGCCCCCGCACAAACUGUUAAUAAACUGUACUCACAAACAUACAUAUACUGGAGUCAUAUUCUAUACUUCACAUUAAUGUAUCUUGCAAGAUUGUUAUUUAAACUCACAAUUGUAUGGAAGUGUUGUAACUCUAGGGGUCACAGGAACACAUUCCCAUAGUGUGACUGUCAUAAGACAGGCUGAUCUCUCUCUCACCAUGUUCACCCCCACAGACCGCCUUUGCCCAACAGGUCAACCAACCUUCAUAUAUCAUGAGUAAACCUUUCAGGAAUCAGCAGGGAAGGGACUGAUGUUUCUGCUCUUACGAGAUAGCUGACCGAGUGUUCACUAUGAACGAUCUAUAAACAAAAGGAAACAGUCACACUAGCUUGAAGGAAACGUUUGAACUCUGACCCCUCAAUGGUUUCCUCAGUUCAACAUCCCAUGAUGUUGGGUGGGAAAACACCCAACUCCCUCUCACAAGAACUUUCGUAAACACACAUACAAACGAUAAAGUAUUGACUUUAUCCCUAUUCUUAAAUACAUUUGAAGUUAUGACAUAUUACGUGAAUGUAUUGUUAAUAAAUGUGUGUACUUUUGUAUUUCCAUUCUGUAAUUGCAAUAUUGUCACAAUACAUGUUAGUGCAUAUGACACCAACUCAGUGGCCUUGUGGUUAGUGUCCGCCCUGAGAUUGGAAGGUUGAGAGUUCCAUCCCUGGCCAAAUCAUACCAAAGACAGUAAAAAUGGAACCUGAUGAGUCUGCUUGGCACCCAGCAUUAAGGAGAUAGAUUGGGGGUAAGGCCCUGCAAUAAACUAGCGUCCUGUCCAGGGGGUGUACUUGUACAUCAAGCUGCCUCACACUAAUGGCUCGUGCAAGGCUACUUACUUUACUUACUUACAUAUUACAUAUCUGGUAUCAUUGUGUUCUAGAAUAUAAGACAAACACUUUGGCAACAAUUGCAUAUGUAUAAUAAGGGUGUGAUAGCCUUUUAGAAAUAAUAUCUUAUUUGCUAGUCACUCUUACUCAGAGGGAUGGAAACUCUCCAUCACCCAUGAUCUCUGACGCCAUUGUAAAAAAAAAAGUCACACCCACCCUAAUAAAAACUGCUCCCUGGCAGUUGGAAAGGCAGUUGAAAACAGCCAAAAGACAGACGGACAAAUUGGAAAAGACCGGUCAAAAAAUAAGACAGACUAAAAACAGAGGAGGAUCUGUUCGGGCGGGGCCGUGCUACGGCUCCCCAACUACAGACGAAUGGAGAAUUGAAUCAACUCGGAGAAGAAAGAGACUUGUCUUGCAGGAGGGAGAGAGGAGAGUAGGCAUGGCAAAGAGUUGACAGUCUUGGACAGACCUGUUACACUUUGCUUGGUCACCUUCAUACCGUGUGCUGCGACACAAAGAUGGCUGCACCAAUAGACUGUACCGAAGAGAGAGGGGGAGAGAGAGCGAGAGAGAACUCAACCAUUGGUUUAAUAAAUAUAUUACAGCGUUCUCUAUUUCCUCGACUAUUCGGCAUUGCAAAAUGAUAAUCUUAAUCGAGCAAUCAUAAUCUUUGUUUCUUUUCAUUGUGUUUUUUAGCGUAACAAUAAAUCCUAUCUUUAUAAAGAAGUGUGGUUUUCUCUUGCUUUGACAAAUGCUGGCUCUAAUACAAUUAAAUACCUUACGUAUCCUUUAAGAUUGUUGAUAUGUGACUUGAAGAACGGAGGCUAAACUACUAAUCAGAGUUUCAAGUUAAUUGUUCUCUUUGAAUAAAAACGAUUUCUGGUGCCCUCAACAACGUUAUUAAUUUGAAAUAGUAGGCUAAUUAAUUAAGUCACCAAUUAUCAACAACUAUUUGACCACUAAAGUUUCUACAGAACUAAGACACUUCACUGGAAUAUCUUUCUGUAAAUCUGGUCUCAAAAAUGGAAUACAUAGCGCUUUUAAAGCUCUGUAAAUUAUUUGGUAAUAUGCAUAAGAGCAUGUAGGCCUAUAUAAUAAUAUAAUAAUAUAAUAUAAUGGCAAUGUAUGACAGCUACUCAGCUAUCCUGGAAUGCAGCCCAUCCGUCAGCAGACUUUAUUAGUUUCAGUCAGCUCAUUCUCACUGUUCAGUGGCUCAGAGAGAGAUGGAGCCGGAAACUAUUCAGCCCAAAGAACCCUAGUGGACAGGGCUCUCCAGCUGAUACAGCCAUUUUGUGUGUGUGUGUCCUCGGUGAUGCCGGCCUGGGUCUGGUCUCCUGCUAAUGUCUAUUCAUGAACAGAGUAGGGACAGGACUACCAGCCGAUGCCGAAGGGUCACUCUCCAUGAGGCCAGCCAUGAUAAUCAAGUUCAGAGAGAGCUCAGAGUGCCCAUGAGGGCUGUACUCCAUUAGUUGGAGAGUCCAACAGCCCAGACACUUGAUCAGCUUCAAGCCCUCACCACCCACACUCACAAAUAGAAAUGUCUCCAGUCUUACUUCUGUUUAGACAUGACACACUGCAUGAACAUUUCAACUGCACUUUUUCUUAUUUAGAGCAAUUCUAUAUUUAAAGUUGUCUGUCUCAUCUGUGUCGCAUAUGCUCAAAAGUGUUUGAGGACUUCCAUUCCAUAUGUCCAUAUCCAGUCACCUCUAGUGCACAUGGCACUACGGCACUGACUGAUGUCAUAUUAACGUUGUCUUUCGUCCACAGGUGGCUGUGAAGAACAACAUUGACGUCUUCUACUUCAGCGGGCUUAUCCCACUCAACAUCUUCUUUGUGGAGGACGGCAAAAUGGGUACGUGUGUCUGGAAGCAAGUCACAAACACUCAAUAUCCAGGUCAUUACCAUAGCAGUAGACUCAUUAUCACCAAAGAGUUUGAAGAGUUUUAGACCAACUCGAGGACCCUUGGUCUAAAACAACCUCUUCACAGGAAGUAGCUCCCCGCUCAGUGCUGGUGUCACUCUUCUUUUGUUCCCUGCAUCUGCCUCAGAGCGACAGGUGUUCUUGGCCACCUGGAAAGACAUCCCCAAUGAGAACGAGCUGCAGUACCAGAUUAAGGAGUGCCACUUAAACGCAGGUAGGUCUCCUUACAUCUAUGGAUGAAAGCUAUAUGUACAUUUGAACACAAACAUAUGUUUUAUGCAGCAUGUGGGAAAAAAUAACAUAUCUCUAACCAUGAUAUGUACUCUAAGGGCUGACACAAUUUAAAUCGGGGUUUUCCACUGCUCCAUGGUAUAAAAACACUGAUACAGCUCUGGAAUUAAAAUGUAUACUGUGUGCUCAAUGUCUAUCAUCAGAGCUGUUCACGCUGUGCUGUUGAAUUUGAACCUUGGUGGCUAUUCUCGUCUCGAGUGUGAUUCAGUCUUAAAGCGCUUUGUGAGGACAUAAGGGUUGAUCCACAAUGCCGCUAACAUUUGUGGAUUAAACACACACCACUUAGUCAUCUACAGUAACCAGGCACAAACACAAAUGAUAAAAAGGCCUUUGAGGUUCUGAGUCUCAUCAACAAUCUAUCUGCCUGUAUUCCUCUUCUAUCUUGUUUAUGUCAGAGGAGCUUUGUUAGGUGAUAUUGAAACUGGAGCUUAGUGUGGUUUUGAACACUUCAUUGUGUUGAAGUUAAAUGGGAUAAGAUCUUUGUCCUCUUUUUGAACUGCUGCGAGUACAAGUGAAGGACAUCGUCACUUCGUGUUGGUGUUGUUUCCUAUCGAUUGAGUGCUGGUGAUUCAGUGGAAGGAGACGUAAUUUGAUGAGGAGAGAGCAUGCAGAGACGGAUUAAAUGCAUGAAGAGCUCUCUAUGCAUCCGUCUAUCUGUCAAAAGUUCUACUUAUUUCAACUUUUGAUGCACUUAAUAAAUUAUGGACAAAUUACAGAUGGUCGUCUGCAUCAUCCGUCAACAUAUGAUCCCCAUAAAAAAAAAAACUUUCCCCAUUACAUGCUUAGUUACAUGCUUGUGUGUGCUUGUGUUCAGUGACUUGGUGGUGUUUUUGUCAUUCUAAUAUAUAUGUUGGUAAUAUAUCAGGCCUAUUGUCCUCCCAGAGCUCAUGUCUGAAUCACAAUUACCACUAUCCUCUCCUUUCACUGAUCUAACAUGUUGAGCCAACUACAGGGCAGAUAGAGGGCAGUUAUUGUUUUGGGAAAGUAGUAUCUGGAGGGGAGUAGCUUUAGUUAUUGUUUAGUCCACAUGCAAGGUCUGAUUUACCAACAUGGACAGGUGACCACAAGUGACCUUUGAAACCAUCAAACCACAAAAUCAUCAAAUAAUUUCCUAAUUUGUGUUCAAGACACUGAAGGCAGUUGAUCAAACACUGAGAGCUCAGGGCAUUGGUUUAAAAUAGCUGCUACAGGUUGACUUGAGAACCAGAUGACAUGACUAGGGGUUUUAAGUGGUAGUAUUCAUUGGUGGAAUUGGCCUUUUCCUCUAAUCCUCUGGCUGUGUUGCAGUAACCACAACAUCACCGCCUUAGGUUCCAGGGUUACACACCUGCCUACAAUUUAUUUGGCAAUAUCUUUCCACGAACACCUACAGGAACACAUGUGCACACACAUACAGAUUCAUACACACAUUCUCUCAAACACACAAAUGCACACACUCUCAUUCUCUCCAUAUUUCAGCAUUUCCAUUCCAAUAAUCCCUCAUCCUCCUACAUCACUCUGAGGUCACAAAGUAUUGACCCUCUCCUGCCCCAGGUUACAAGAACAGCUCUGCUCAUGCAUGCCCUCACCUUGGCUGUGAUAAGCAGCUUUGGAGUGUGGAAAUUAAUGGAAUGAUUGGAGGCUCUUUUCAUGUUCGUCGUCACUGACACACUGUGAGCUAAAUACAGUGUGAGAGGAAGCUGUGUUCUAUAAGCUUUUUUUAGAGAAACGCGUUUUCUGGGAAAGGGGUUCUUGGUUUGAUGAGUUAUUUGUACUUUCAUUUCCAAACCUAGUGAAUUGUUCUAUAGGUAGCUAUUGUAAAUUCAGACUGAAACUGUGAAUCUUUCUCAUCUUCAAGAUAAUGGUAGAGCAGUGGCAUUCAAACUUUUUCAGCAGGGACCCCAUUUUUUUCCCCCACCCCAAAUCUAAUGAGACAACUUUAAAGUGUAAAUUUGUAUAUUGUCCCAUACAAUAAUCUGUACUCUGCGUGACAUGCAAUACUCCAUUAGCCUCAUUUAAAACAAGGCUCUUUCCACAGCCACUGUAGAACCAUGAGUCACUAAUGGUAUAGCAUUAUGGUAUACUAAUGGUAUGACUGGUAUAGCAAAUACGAAACGUUUGUUACCAAGUAGGCAAUGUACUAGCUAGCUAAUGAGGGUAAUCUCGCAUCACUUUAAAUGCUUGAAUUGUGCUUUUGAUUUUAGUGUAUAUCACAUUUGCCCAGUAAUCAGUGUUUGUCUCUCUUCUUCAUUUGAGGACAUAGAAUGUCAUUGUGAUAAAGGGGUUGGAUGGUUUCAAAGGCUGUUAUUAGAAUACAACAGGCAUCCUUUCUGCCCUUAAAAAUACUAUUCAACAAUUCACUUUUUGCCUUGAAAAUGACAAGCCACUGACUGGCCACACAAAAAUACGAACACCACUUAAGUUGCCACUCACAUUCAAACAAAGUGGGGUAACAAAAAGCAGACAUCUUCUAUCUAUGACUGACAAGUGUUGCUCGAAGGUAAAUGGUUAGAGCAGUAUGGGGUGGGAGCCUUGCCCACUAGAAGCCUCCCUGCAGACUAUAACCUAAUAAAGCCAAGUCGUACAGGAAGCUGUUCCACUGCGCUGUAGGGGGGAUGAACUUCUCUUUUCCACUGUCACUAGUCCUGCCUCUUUCUUUUUUUGACACUUAUUUUUCUCCUUCUCUCCACCCACCACCUGCCUCUCAGGACUGCUUUCAAGGCCCUUCGCCUCACCUCUCUCCUCCCGCUUUCCCUGAAGGAGACUUCACACAAGCUCUUUAAUGAUAACCCACUCCAUGCCCUGUUGCCCCAGACAACAGAGUGACUAGGGACUGAGAGUGGUGGCACUGACCAGUGCUCAGGACAGGACCUACAAUGGGACAUGUAGGUCCAUUGACCUAUGGUUUUAAGCCUCUUAGACCUAGUGUCUAGUGCCAUCCCCAGAUCUAGAUGUGAGAUCUGGAAGUUGUAGUAGCUACUCCCUGUAGUGACAGUCCACAAUAAGGGUGCAGCAUAUAAGCUAGGUUACAUCCUCGACGUUCAAUGUAUCGCUUGAAAGUUCACAGCACUGUUAGAAGUUACCCUAGCUCUGUUCCCCUUCCUCAAAGUCCGACUUAGAUUGUGACAAAAAAAUUAUCGGACUUAGAAGCACAAUGGAGGGACUAAGCUCCUGCAAUUGUAUUAGCUGAGCUGCUCCCCGCUGCCAGUAGUUAGCCAGGCUCACAGAGAAACCAUUAGAGUUGCCUUAAAGAUACAGAUUGACUGGGACAGCGGAAUAGGCAGCUGAUGUAGGUCAUGGAAAUAGAAUGAUUUAUCAGGCAACGUGUGUAGUCUAAUAUGAGUCAAGAGCAGCUAAUAGCCUAGUUGUUGGUUUUUCACAUACUGUAGGAUAUGAUAAAGCUAUUAUUAAUAUUCAAAAUUUUGUCUUACAUGAAAUCAAUUUUCAUCUCUAUCUUGUUGUAUUGAGUCCUUCAAUUCUAGUUUUUAGAUGAAGCUGCAAACCAAUAAUUGGAAACUGUUCCUAAUCCGUAGACUAGAGAAUGAAGCAUCCGAAAAUUAAGCUACUAUUGUACAAUACCUCAGUCAAUCGAUAACUCCCCUCUCAGUUGUGUAUGUCUAAAUGAGUACUGUAAGUACAAAGAAUGAAUUUGAACUGCUGAACUGCAAUACACCAGAGAAUGAACUUAUCCAAUGUGCACUUAACAGUAGUCAACCUUAGAAUACAGGCCUUGGGGCUGAGCUUUGCCUAUGUAGCACUGAUUUCCACCUAGAGUUCAAAAAUUCCCUUAUUUUUUUUAUUUAAUUUUAGCAUUUUCAAUUGAAGGAUUCCCUCUCAGCUUAUUCCCUCAUGAAUCCAGAAAUCCUUUAACCAGGAUCCCCCACAGCCCCCCCCCCCCUCCCCCCCAAAAAAACUAUAAACGACUAUAUUCCUGACUCGUAUGUAAUGUGGCCUUGCAGACACGGUGUCGGGGAAGCUGCAGAACGACAACAUCUACACCAUCGCCAAGAGGAACGUGGAGGGCCAGGAUAUGCUCUACCAGUCCCUCAAGCUCACAAAUGGCAUCUGGAUCCUGGCUGAGCUCCGCAUCCAACCUGGCAACCCCAACUACACGGUAAGACACACGCCUAACCUCAACCCUCCUAAUUCAAAACUCACACAUAUUGUAGAACGUUUUUGUCAGUAA